CCUAGCUCAGCACUUAAAGUCGGCAGCAUGGUGCUCAGCAAUGUUUAUGCAGCAGCCCUCUGCUCUGCCUUGAUUGGCACGAGCAGUGCGGCCAGGUUUAGCGCUGAGGAAUAUAGCUCUGGAGAAGUGCACCACAACAUCAUGGGCAUGAAGAUGGCACAAUGGGAGGAAGAAAUGCAAACCGGUGCAAUGAAUAGCUCACAAUGGCCAGAGCUCGGCUUCACGAAAUGCGAGAACGGCUUCGCUGCUGCCAUUCCUGGAGAUGUCAACAACACCUUCAGCUGCCACAACACCGAUUUGUACCAUUUUUUGCCACAUUCCGCUCUCGGCAGUGUUGGGCGAGGUAGUAGCAUGUGGGGCUGGACAUCAAAGGAUGGUAGAGAGAUCGUGGCGAUUGGACAGUAUGACGGUACUGCCUUCGCUGAGAUCACUUCGGAGGGCAAGAUUUCAUACCUGGGUCGCCUGCCACAAUACGAUGCUAUUGGAUCGAAUUGGAGAGAGAUUCGCAUCGUUGGCGAUUACGCCGUCAUUGGAUCUGAGGCGAUCAAGCACGGUGUUCAGAUCUUCGACAUGAAGAAGACUUUGGAUCUCGACCCAGCGAACCCAAAGAACUUCACACAAGCCGACCUCAGCUCUCACUGGGACGAACUACCAGUCGGCCGAACUCACAACAUCGUUGUCAACGAGGAGCUCAACUACGCCAUCGCUUGUGGCUCUGUUGGCGGCAACGAGACUAUCCGAGUCCGUGGAGACCUGCCCUGCCGCGGUGGUCUUAUCUUCCUUGAUAUGAGCGACCCAAACAAUGUGACCUCUCCAGGCUGCGCAGCAGGUGACGGAUAUGUCCACGAUGCUCAAUGUGUUGUCUACCGCGGUCCAGACACCCGCUACUACGGCCGGGAUGUCUGCUACGCAUUCAAUGAAGGUAAAAUUUACCGCCAGCGGGCACCCACUUCUCCAACGAAAUUUCGAGUAAACAACAUGACCUGGCAAGAAUACCUCUUCCUCGACGACGAAUUCGACGAGCGUGACGCCGACGUAGGCCCAAUGACCCAAGGUCUCCCAACAACCCACAUCUUCGACAUCCGUGACCUCGAAAACCCAUUCUACACCGGAAACUUCAACGGCCGUAAACGAUCCAUCGACCACAACCAAUACAUCGUCGACAACUAUCUCUACCAAUCCAACUACGGCAACGGGCUCAAUGUCUGGGACAUAUCAUCCGUGACCGAAGACCCCAGCGGAGGCAGCAUUUGCGAAGCCGGCUGGUUCGACAUUUACCCCGAGGACGACGAAUUUGAAGGCGGAGGUAGCGUUGCUUUCCUCGGAUCAUGGCACUCUUGGCCAUAUUUCAAGUCUGGUUUCAUUUUCGUGCAUACCAUCGAGCGAGGCUCAUUCGUCGUUAAGAUGAACUCGAAAGAGUGCGUGAAACCAAAGGUCUGCAAGAGCAAUACCUGUUUGAGCUCGCUCAGGGCUAGCAGCAUUGAAGGAAGAUUGGAGCAGUCUCAACAGUUCUGUCACACGUGGUUGCAGAGGCAGAGAAUUGAGGAGAAUCUGAUCCCAGACUACGCCAGGACUGGGUGUGCAGGCGAGAAUGUUGUGGAGGCUGUCAGCAGUGCUUGUGGCUGUGUGCCUACUUCUGCAGUGCCAGAGUUGCCGAGAACGACCAGUCGGCCACCUGUGCCUACAGUCUUGCCAGCGAAGAGGUCGCCGAUGACUGCCAUGUAGUCGGGUCAUUUCUGGGCAGUGUCUAAGUGACAUCGGGCGAAAAAUAUGGCACAUCGGCUUUGUUGAUGCUGCGAGGCUUAGAAACACGAUAUGAUGAAGAUACGUCGACAUGAUGAUAGUCAUAAAAAGCGUGGGAUUGCAUGUUCGUUCACACUCUCUCAG